UCACCUGGCCUUGGGUCGUUCACCCCCUCUCUCUCUCUCUCUCGCUCUCUCUACUGGGUAAGUUUGUGCUUUGUGAGUGAACUUUUGAAGAGAUCUGCAGAUGCAUACACGAGGUCGAAAUUCUAAAAAAUCUGGGACUUCGAUCGAUCAUCGCAACUGUAAGUCAAUAUCUUACAUUGUUUUCUUUCUCAAAAUCCAGGGCUUUUACAUUCCCUUCAUCCCGACAGCUGUGAAUCCUGUAUCAGUCUUCUUCUAAGGACGAUGUCAGACUACAUACCCUAUGAACUAUUACCCUUUGAACUAGUAAUUGAAAUCCUGGCAAGACUACCCGUAGUUUCUCUGCUUCGAUUCAAAAGCGUAUGCAAAUCUUGGUAUUCUCUUAUCAAAAGCCCUAGUUUCGUUACCAAACACCUCAACCACCGCAAAAACAAGCACAUUGGGAUUUACAGCAGAGAUGAUCAGAAAGAGCGCUAUUUUAUUUGUCGAGACGACGACCAAUGUGGUCAUGAGUAUUCAGAACUAGAGUUCCCGCAUAAAGCCCCAUCCGCGGAUUUCAUGAUAGCGGGUAGCUGCAAUGGUUUAUUAUGUAUGUGGGAGGAUUCUUCCUGGGAUAAAUCCGCUAUUAUUGUUUGGAACCCAUCAAUGAGGAAAUUAGUAACUCUUCCUAAGCCUCCAUUGGCGAGAAUGUGUGUUCUUGGAUUUGGUGCCCACCCCACAACUCAUGAGUACAAGGUGGUAAGAAUUGUGUAUCAAACGUAUCCAUAUCAGCAUGAACUUCAACCUUAUGUUGAGCUUUACACUCAAGGCACAGGAUCCUGGAGAGGGUUAGGUUCGACUUUUCCUCUCUACUGUUUCAUUGACAUCACACGUAAGGCGUCACAAGCUUUUGUUAGUGGAGCUGUAAAUUGGAUUGCUGAGGAUCCACGUGUGUCUGUUGGUUAUCGAAGUAUCAUAGUGUCAUUCGAUAUGAGUACAGAAACAUUCUCUGAGAUGAUACUACCACCUGCUCUGGCCGAUCGGGAACGACGAUCUUUAUCAGUUACAUUGUUUCGGGAAUCAUUGGCUAUGUUAUGUGGCCAGCAAAGGGACAAGGAUGACUGUUGCAUUUGGGUGAUGAAAGAAUACGGAGUCCCAGAAUCUUGGACCAAACUAUUCAGCUUUAGAUUGGAUUGGCCAGUAUAUCCCAAAAGAACAUUGGGCUUUAUGAAACAUAAUGAGGUUCUUGUAUCGACGAUAGACAACCGAUUGCUUUCUUAUGACAUUGGAACCAAAGCAUUGGUAGAUACCGGAAUCAGGGGGCAUCCAAGCUCCUUUCAUUUUGAGCCUUUCGUUGAAUCCCUUGUUUUAGUGGAAAACAAAAAUGGUAUCGUGGACGGGCAGUUGAACCCGUUGUGAUGCUGGGCUUGGAACUUCCAAGAGAGGAGGGGAUAGUGUCAAAGAGUAGCAUCUAUAAGGAAUGAGAGUGAACUCAAACCAGGGUUUGAGAACAUAAUCUCUUUUUUUGAAGCAAUGUAUAUCUCUCCUUUUUUAAAUAUCUGUGUUAUAUAUUUGGGUGUAAAUUGCAUCCAUGUAUGAAACUUGAAUCUCAACAUUGCCAUCUCGUUUCAGCAUUGUUCUGAAACGGCACUAAGGGGGAGGUGACUUUUGUGCAUUUUUACCCAUCAACGCAUUA